AGGCUUGGUUUCGGACACAACAAAAUAAGAAUAAAUUAGUGAAGGUAAAUAAACCUUAGAAGAGAGGAAGCUGAAAAAAAAAGAAAAAAGAAUAAAAAAAAAUGGGUUUCCGAAGCUCUUCUCUUCUCUGCAUGGCUAUUUUGCUUGCAUGCUCUUCCGCUAUUUACGCCUUUGACAUCACAAAAACUCUCAGCAAAUAUCCAAAAUUUGAGUCACUCAACAAAUACCUCACCGAAACCAAGCUUGCAGAACAAAUGAACAGCCGCAACACCAUCACUCUCCUCGCCGUUGAUAACGGCGGUUUCUCUGCCAUCGCUAACAAGUCCCCAGAAACCAUUAAGGCCAUCAUCAGCACCCAUGUCAUCCUUGACUACUAUGAUCCCAAGAAGCUCGUCGAAGCCAUUGGCAACAAGGAACAACUAACCACCCUCUACCAAUCCUCAGGCAAAGCCGUCAACAAUCAAGGCUUCCUCACCGUUUCCAUGGUCGGUGAAGGCGAGAUCGCCUUCGGCUCCGCCGUCAAAGGCGCCCCCGCCGAUGAUGCCGAGUUUGUCGAGCCCAUCACCUCUGAGCCCUACAACAUCUCCAUUAUCCAUGUCACCAAGUUCAUCAUACCCCCGGGCAUUGACUCUCAAGCUAAGGCACCAGCUCCGUCGGGACAGACUGCCAAAGCUCCUGUGUCGACUAAGGCUGCCAAGGCCCCAGCUCCGACACAGGCUGCUAAGGACUCUGCCCCGACACCAAGUGCCAAGGCACCAAUUCCAUCGGAGACUGCAGCUACACCUACAGCUGAGUCUCCGGUGGACGCUGCUGAUGCCUCAGCAACAAGCCCAUCAGCUGAGGGACCAGGUCCCGCAGCUGAUGAUGGAGCUGCAGAUGCUGCUUCUGCUAGCAGCCCUUCUACCACUAAAAUGGGUGUCGUUGGGGUAGUGAUGGCUUUCGCUUCCCUCUUCAUUGUCUUGUAAAGUGCUUCUUGAUGAUAUACUCAUACACAUAUGAUGAUUGGCUUGAAGAAAGAAACUCAAGAGUAUUGGAAGAGAUACACAAGAGUUUGUUGUUAUUGAAAAUUUGUCAAUGACAUUAAACUCGUGAUUUAGUGGUUGCGAAAUAAAUAAAUGAAAAAAAAAAACUAAUAUUUGAAUUAAUGUCCUAUUUGGGUAUUUUAUCUUUUUUUGCCCUUUCCUUUUGAUUUUUUUAAGGGUCCUAUAUAUUGACAUCUCACAUGGUAAAUUUGGACCUAGCUUCCCCUUUCCUACAUUCUUGUAAGACUAGGGAUUCAAAUAGUCCAUUCCCAAAUUGUCUCCUCAAUAAAAAUUGAUAUGUAAUUUAAAAUACUCAUUUUUAUUGUAUUUUUCUGUUUUCAUACAUCGUCUUCAAUCAAAAUCAUUUGGAGUGAUAUGUAAUUUUAUUA